AUGAGUACUGCUAAGCCUAUUAACGUAUAUUCCAUUCCAGAGCUUAACCAGGCUCUAGAUGAAGCCCUGCCUUCCAUUUUCGCAAGAUUGAACUAUGAGAGAUCCUACGGUUUACUCGACACUAAACUGUACAUAGGGUAUUCCAUUGCUGUCGUGGCAGGUCUAAGUUUCUUCCUGGACAAAAAAUUUGAAAGAGCCGAGAUUGUUGUGUAUCAAAAGUUUCUAGUGGGCGCGUAUUUCGUUUUAUCGUUAAUGUUCUGGUACUUCUCUCGUUUUAUUGAAAAGGGGACUGUUUAUGUGGGGAAGAAAAGAGAUACAAAGGAUGAGAUCUAUGUAAAGACUAAAUUUGAAAACAAUGAACCUUUGUAUCUGGUUGAACUUAUUCAAAAGAAGAAGGGAAGCAACACCAAAAAGGAGUUGAAGGCUCAAUUGAAGGUGAAUAAAGUUUUUAAUGAAAGUGGCUAUUUACAAAAUGAAGGACUCUUCAAAUGGUUUUCCGAACAACAUGAUGUUCUUAUUACCAAGAAAAAUGAAUAA